UUACACCGAAUGCUGUCAGUGCUGUCAGUGGACUUGCCACAAAAUUAGAGUGUAAGAAAAUUGAAUUCAAGCAACGUAGGUUUAAAUUGUAGCUAUAAUAGUAAUAAAAACUCUCUUUCCCAAUUAAACCGUCGAGAGGAACAGAUCGUGAAUAAAAGUUUUUCGCUGUGCUAGUAGUGCGUAGUUAUUCCUCGUGAGCCCUAUUCCAUCGGCGUCCCGUUUUUCGAUUGUGCCUCCACGAGUCGUCCGUGUGCGAGUCCCGAAAGCUUGAACCGCCGGAAAUCACGAUCCUGCCUCACCAUUUUGGUGCCGUGACCAGGAUUUGGUUUCCCUCCAGAAAAUUCACCAUCGCGCAUCGAAAAACCAACGCUAUCCGCCAUCAUUUCGUUUCGCCGCUAUUGUUUCCGGAUCAACUCUUCAACUAGCAUCCAGAAGAUCGCCCUCUUCACCCUAUAGAACAACCAAAAAUUUUAAAUACAAGGCCUAAUUUGUAUAGGCAUUCGGUACGUAUAUCUCCAAAGCGUGCAGGAGUUAACCACAGGUGCCUUGAGAUUUUCGUAUUUUUUUUCUACAUCACGCACCCGUUUUGACACGACGUCGACCCCGCCGUAAAGCUGCCGCUGCCGAUUUACGCUCUCCUGCGACAAAGAGGACCCAGUUGCCGCUUGUUCUUGCCUUUUUUGACCAUUUUCUCCGUGCCGGUUGAAAUUGAGAAAGCUGUUGCAGAACAAAAUAAAAAAAAAUACAAGGCAUAAAACUAGCCUUGAGAAGUACUCUUGGACUCAUCGCGAUGGCCGAAGAACGUACGAAGCAGCAGCUUCUUAAUCGUCGGACAACACUCAUCGCGUCGAUUGGGAGAGCGGAACAGUUCGUCAAGAAUUAUCUGGUGGAACGGGACGCAGGGCAAGUGUCAAUACGCAUCGAGCAUCUGGACACCGUUUGGAUGGGACUGGAUGAAGUACAGUCGGAACUCGAGAACAUGGAAGAAACCAACGAAGGUAUGGCACAAAACCUCCAAAUCCGUUCCCAUUAUGAAACAUCCUAUUUCCAAAUAAAGGCUGCUCUAAAAUCGUACCUCCCCUUGUCUCCUUCAACAAAUGUGAUCCCUCAAGCGUAUUCUGGGCUCUCCGCUAUAAAGCUACCGACUAUUUCGCUGCCGGAAUUCGAUGGAGACUACAACCAGUGGUUAGCUUUCCAUGACACUUUCGUUGCCUUGAUUCACGACAACGCAGAAGUUCCCGCUAUUCAGAAAUUUCAUUACCUCCGCGCUGCUGUCAAGGGAGAAGCAGCACAGCUUAUCGAAUCUAUAGGGAUUAGUUCCGCCAACUAUACCAUCGCUUGGCAAGCACUCGUUUCACGCUUUGCCAACGAAUAUCUGCUGAAAAAACGUCACCUUCAGGCCCUAUUAGACUGCCCCCGGAUGAAUAAAGAAUCCGCUUCCGCAUUACAUUCUGUUGUCGACGUAUACGAACGUCACACUAAAACCCUCCGCCAACUUGGAGAACCAAUUGAUGCUUGGAGCACCAUGUUGGAACAUCUUCUUUGCCUACGACUUGACACCGGUACCCUAAAAGCUUGGGAAGACUUCGCUACUACUGCUGAGAACCCAGACUUCAACUGCCUAAUCGACUUUCUACAGAGACGGGCCCGUGUUUUGGAAUCGAUGUCUGUAAACCAUCAAGCGCAGCCAGCACCGGUCUACCAGCCGCCCAUGUUUCGUAAGCCGUCGUUCCAAAAAAUCGUUUCCCAUGCCGCAGCAGAAACAACCCAUCGCCAAUGCCAUGCAUGCGAUCAACAUCACCCGCUUUUUCAAUGCCCACAGUUCGAAAAUAUGUCGCUCCCCGAUCGAUUAGAUCUUGUGAACUAUGAUCGCCUUUGUCACAAUUGUUUUCGCCAAAAUCAUAUUGCGCGUAAUUGUCAAUCGAAUUUCUCCUGUCGUCACUGCAAGAAACGACACCAUUCUUUGCUGCACCCUGGCUACUAUCCAAUCGAAGAUGAUCUGCAGCCUUCCACAUCGCACGCACUAGCCUACCCAGUGAGCCCCAUUGAAAAGCGAAAUAAUGCAUCGACCGUUCAACGAACAGUGACGUCCACUAAUGCUGCAACAGUCCAGGCGAAAGAUCAAACUCCGCUUUCAAACGCAAACGUUUUGCUUUCUACGGUUGUGCUACUGGUCGUCGAUUCUAACGGUAAAUCACACCCCGCGCGAGCACUGUUAGAUAAUGGCUCACAAUCCAAUAUAAUGAGCGAGCGACUAUGUCAACUUCUUCAUCUGCAACGAAGCAAAAUCAACAUCCCCGUGUACGGCAUAGGUGAGUCGUCAUCAAACAUCCAUCAUUGUGUCAGAACAAAUGUUCAAUCAAGAAAAUGCAACUUCGAGAUUGGUCUUGAUUUUCUCGUUAUGCCCCGAAUCACAAUUGAUCUACCCGCCGUAACUAUCCCCGCCAACAGCUGGCAUAUCCCGAAGGAAUUUUUUUUGGCCGACCCAACCUUCAACAAAUCUGGUGCGAUCGAUAUGUUACUCGGAGCUGAGCAUUUCUUUACAUUCGUAAACCCUGGUACUCGAAUUGACCAACCCAACAACCCUAUCCUUAUCGACAGCAUUUUUGGUUGGAUCGUUAGUGGAAGAACUAUUUCCCCCGUUGCAGUGGAUCCCAUAGCAUGCCAUAUCGCGCUCAGCGACCCGCUGCAGGAAGCCCUUGAACGUUUUUGGCGCACUGAAGAGAUAGAAAACAAACUCAGCUACUCUGUGGAAGAACAGCAGUGUGAGUCCCACUUUGCUUCUAACGUUUCCCGUACACGCGAGGGAAGAUAUGUCGUCCGUUUACCCCGCCACCCUAAUUUCGAUCUCAUGUUAGGUGAAUCAAAAGCAGCCGCCCUUCGUCGCUUUCAUUACCUAGAAAAGCGACUAUGUGGAUCACCCGAAUUAAAAGCACAAUACCAUUCGGUCCUAUCAGAAUAUUUGUCGCUAGGCCACAUGAGGCUGGUACCUGAAAACGAAAUCGAACCACCUCUGGUGCACUACCUACCCCAUCAUGCCGUAUUGAAGCUAUCAAGUACAACCACAAAGGUUCGUGUGGUAUUCGAUGGAUCUGCAAAAACAUCGACUGGAUUUUCCCUUAAUAAUGCCCUGCAAGUGGGUCCAAUCAUUCAAGAUGAACUCCUUACCUUAGUGCUUCGAUUUCGCAAAUAUCCCAUAGCGCUUGUAGCGGAUAUCGAAAAAAUGUAUCGCCAAGUGUUACUGCACCCAGAACGCAUACUUUGGCGAUUCGAUUCUCAUGCCCAGAUUUCCACCUACGAAUUACAAACUGUGACAUAUGGUCUAGCUCCAUCGUCAUUUCUGGCCACACGUACCUUACAGCAACUUGCCGCUGACGAAGGAGAUUGUUAUCCACUCGGCGGACCGGCUUUAUGCAAGGGGUUUUAUGUGGAUGACUACAUUGGGGGAGCAGAGACGAAAGAAGAAGCAAUUCAAACUCGCAUCGAACUGGAUGAACUGCUAAGGAAGGGAGGAUUUAUUCUCAGAAAGUGGACAUCAAACAACGCAGACGUUCUCAAAGACCUCGAUCCGUCUCAGAUUGGAACUCAGCCCGCACUCAAAUUCGACCACGACGAAACAAUAAAAACGCUAGGAGUUAGCUGGGAACCAGCAACAGAUCAGUUACGUUUUGAUUCCACUCCCUGUAAUGAAUGCGGAUCACCCACUAAACGAUCCAUACUGUCGUCCGUAUCCAAACACUUUGACCCUCUUGGUCUUACUGCGCCGGUUAUUAUAAGAGCAAAAAUGCUUCUCCAAGAGCUAUGGUUGCAACCCUGCGGAUGGGACGAAGAGGUUUCGGACAAUAUACGCACUAAAUGGGAGAAUUAUUGUGCCGAACUUCCAUCACUUUCUUCCUACAGAGUGAACCGGUAUGCAUUCUUACCAAAUUCCACCGUCCAACUGCAUACAUUUGCAGAUGCAUCCCAGCAGGCAUAUGGCGCCUGCAUAUAUGCCAGAUCCACUGAUUCCAAAAGUCGAAUCCACAUCCAGCUGCUAGCAUCGAAGUCGAAAGUCGCACCGCUAAAACAAAUUUCCGUACCCCGAUUAGAAUUAUCAGCUGCUGUUCUCGCUGCCCGUCUGCACAAAAAAGUUUCCGCCGCUCUGGAUAUGCCCAUCUCCGCAUCGUUCUUUUGGUCCGAUUCUACCGUUACGCUUGAAUGGUUACGCUCCCCUCCAUAUACCUGGAACACUUUCAUCGCGAAUCGAGUGUCCGAGAUACAAACCAGCACCCACGGAUCCCACUGGAACCAUGUAAAAGGUAAACGAAAUCCUGCGGAUCUCAUCACGAGAGGAAUAAAAGUGAGCGACUUUCUCAACUGUGAUCUUUGGCAUCACGGACCAACGUGGCUAAAGCUACCUGAAACAGAAUGGCCAACAAAAACACAGCAUCAGAAAACCCCCGAAGAUAUUCUAGAGCGGCGAAGGAUGGUGGCGGCCGUCCAAAACAAGCCCUGUGUGAAUGAAAUAUUCAAACGAUUUGCUACUUACAACCGAUUAAUUCGUGUGACAGCAUACUGCCUUCGUUUCAUCGCUGCCUGUCGACGAAAAUUGUUUCCCGAGCAAACGCCAGAAAAUUCCAUAACACUCACAGUGGAUGAAAUCACAGCAGCUCGCUUUAAAUUAAUAGCACUAGCCCAAGCAGAUGUAUUCGCUGAGGAAAUGAGAGAUCUGGGGAAGGGUUAUGCGAUAUCUAAACGAUCCGACUUACGCCUUUUGAGUCCUUUUGUCGAUCCGGACGGUAUAUUACGUGUCGGGGGCAGAUUAAAACUCUCCGAGCAGCCUUACAUGACUAAGCAUCCAAUCCUAAUUCCCAGUUCCCAUCCAUUCACACGAUUAGUGGCCCAGCACUACCAUCUUAAACUGUUGCACGGUGGCGGCCGUGUAACCCUAGCUGCCAUUCGGCAAGAAUAUUGGCCAAUUCAAGGACGACGAGUGGUCAACAGUGUCAUGAGAAACUGUUUUAGAUGUGCCCGUGCCGCUCCCGUUCCAGCAAAGCAGCAGACCGGACAAUUACCCCUGCAAAGAAUCACUCCAAGCCGCCCCUUUUCGGUCACCGGUGUGGACUAUGCCGGUCCUGUAUAUAUCAAGCCAAUACACAAACGAGCGGCACCCACAAAAGCCUACCUCAGCAUUUUUGUUUGUUUUGUGACGAAAGCAGUGCAUAUUGAACUGGUCAGCGAUUUGUCAACCCCCGCAUUCCUCUCUGCACUAAGAAGGUUCAUUGCCCGCCGCGGCUGCCCCGCGCAUAUGCACUCCGAUAACGGAAAAAAUUUUGAAGGUGCACGUAACGAACUGCAUGCACUUUACCAGUUACUGCAGAAGGAGAAAACGACCAGAGAAAUUGCCACACACUGCGCAAACGAAGGAAUCCAAUGGCAUAUGAUUCCUCCAAAGGCCCCACAUUUCGGCGGAUUGUGGGAAGCAGCUGUAAAAGUCGCCAAGAAGCACUUGUAUCGCCAGCUUGGAAAUGCAAUGCUUUCUUUUGAGGAUAUGGCUACGGUGUUGGCUGAAAUCGAAUCGGCAAUGAAUUCGCGACCGCUAACACCACUCACGGAGGAUCCAAAUGAUCUGGCAGUCCUCACACCAGCACACUUCCUGAUUGGCACUUCACAAUCCGCUCUCCCCGACGCCGACGUCAGCCAGAUGCCGAUCGGCCGCCUUGAUCACUAUCAACGUCUCCAGCAUCGAGCUCAACAGUUUUGGUACCAGUGGAAGACCGAAUACCUUCAAGAAAUGCAGAAAAACAACAAACACAUCGCACCAAACACUGCUUUCCAGCCCGGCAGAUUGGUAGUAGUCGUCGACGAGUUUCUCGCACCCGUAAAGUGGUCAUUGGCGAGGAUCAUCAGCACCUGUCCUGGACCAGACGGACUUACCCGCGUCGUUGAAUUACGUACCAGCAAGGGAAUCAUUCGUCGACCGAUUACGAAGAUAUGCCUGCUGCCCUAUAAUGAAGAGUAAACAUAUUUCAGCGUUAUAGAUAAGCAAAGAACUAUGUGUUGACUCAUUGAAUUUGAUUUCCAAAUGAUUGGUUUUGUUUUGCUAGGAGUUAAGCCAGAGUGAAAUUUAGGAAUUUCAGGUGGCGGCGAUGACAGUUCUCAACACUGUCGGUAGAAAAGGUUACACCGAAUGCUGUCAGUGCUGUCAGUGGACUUGCCACAAAAUUAGAGUGUAAGAAAAUUGAAUUCAAGCAACGUAGGUUUAAAUUGUAGCUAUAAUAGUAAUAAAAACUCUCUUUCCCAAUUAAACCGUCGAGAGGAACAGAUCGUGAAUAAAAGUUUUUCGCUGUGCUAGUAGUGCGUAGUUAUUCCUCGUGAGCCCUAUUCCAUCGGCGUCCCGUUUUUCGAUUGUGCCUCCACGAGUCGUCCGUGUGCGAGUCCCGAAAGCUUGAACCGCCGGAAAUCACGAU